CUUCUACGUCAUCCUAAGCUAUCGAGAAGAUCGCGAUACACCAGAUAUAACACACACCGAACCGUCUCGCAACGAAAAAAAGUCACCCAUCGAACGAGAGUUUUUUUUUUGCUGCGCAACAAAAUAAAAACAAACCACAGAAACGCCUUUGCGACGCAACCGACGUGACAUCGUGAGAACAGUCCGAGUCGUCAUAGUUCGCUUCGGGUUGAACUGGAAAGCAAGAAAUUGAAUGAUGCUCCUUCGGUAGUGUCUUCGAGUAGAGAAAAAAGACAGUGAUUUGAAAGUGACUCAAACGUGAUUUGAAGAAAGAAUUGCAACUAUUUAGUGAAGAACGGUUUGUGAUAGUUUACUGACAUCAGCGCAUUCCCACGUUCAAAAUGAGGCUCCGCAUGGAGAUACUGCUGUGCGUCUUGCUUAACGCACUAUUGGCUCACUCGGCCGUGUAUACCCCCGGCAACGCUCCGGUCUACAACCCCAAUGGCAACGUUGAAGUACCGGCCGUCAUCCCCACCAAGGUCAAUAACCCGGGCUAUCUGGUGACUCAGACCGUGUACGGGUUCUUGGAUUUCACCACCACAAUCGGCAACACGGUGAUGAUCUUCUCGCCGCAGAGUGCAGCCCCGGUUGUGACCGAACCCCCGAAAACGACUCCACCCCCACCGCCCGUGAUCGAAACAUCGCCACCUCCCGCGCCAACAACUACGACCACCGCAGCCGCCCCUCCCGCUGUGAUCGAGGAGAUCAAACCCAGCAAGACAGUGGUGCUGCCCGUUCAGCCAGUUCAGGAACCAAAGGACCAAGUGGUACAGGUAAUCGCAGAGACGCCGAAGCCUUUCGUCGUGAAACCAAACCCCGCCCCAGCAGCCAAAGCUAAGGUUCAGAUCACACCCGUGAAGGCGAAACCCGUCAGCAAACCAAAAUCGAAGGUUUCCAUCGUAGAAGUCACACCGGUCACGCCGGAGCCUGCAGCGGAAAGUACCGUCGAAGAGAAGAAGCCCGCCAAGGUACAGGUCGUGAAACCACAGGCUCCGAUCGUGAAGGUCGUUACCGCCAAGGUGGAAACGACAACCGAGAAGAAGGUUGUGACACCCGAACCAAAGGUCGAAGCGGCUCCCGCAGAAGAGGAGGAAGAGGAAGAAGAGGAGGAGGAGGAGAAUGACGAACAAGAAGAGGUUGAGGAGGAGCAAGAUGAACAGCAGGAACAGAUAGUAGAACCGGAAAAGGUUGAAGAAGUGAAGAUCGAGGAACCUAAGGUUGUAAAACCUGUUACCAAGGUAGAACCAGUGAAAGAACAACAACAUCAGCAAGAAGUAGAAGAAGAGGAGGAAGACGAUGAUGAUGAUGAUGAGGAAGAAGAACAAGAAGAGAAGACCGAGGAGAAGAAGGAAGAGAAACACGAAGUAAUAGAAGAAAAGAAAAAGCCAGUGAUUGUGGCGUCCUCCAAACCUAAAAUUAUUCUGAGACCAAAAAUCGAGGCUGUACAGAAAGAACACUCUCCGAUUGUAUUCUCAAGCACUACGGAAGAGAAUGAAACCGAUGACGAUGAUGAUGAAGAAGACGAGGAGGACGAUGAGCCAGCCCCGGUGCUACAGAUCGGAAAUAACAUUGUCCCCGAGCCAGAGUACGACUUCCUUUCUCGUCAACCGUCCGAAUUUGUCGAAGAAACGUAUCGCGUAGUGAAUUUGAAGCCAACAGCCACAAGCAGCUCGUCGGCAGCCAGUGCCUCUAAAACGAAGGGUAAACGAGGACAAGGUAAUAAAAAAAAUCGUCCAACUGGAUUAGUCACCAAGCUCGGUGGAACCGUCGUUAAAGAAGGCACCACAACGGUCCACGAAACGAGCGUUAUCGGCACCUACAUUUCAGGAAAGUAUGCCCAAGUCCUACAAAGCACUUCUCAUGUAUUUCAAGGUAACGCAGCCGCCUCAGGUCACCACAAGUCGGCUCCGGGUCUGAAGGUGAGUCCCAGCCCAACGCUUCGCAUCCUGAAAACCGCUGCGCCAAAUCCAAACAAAACGCCCCGCUACAAUCCGGAAGCGGCAGCGAUCAUCACUCCGUCACCGUCGGCUCAGCAAGCGUUGGAAGACACUGGGCUCCCGCUCGAGAAUCUAUUCGCGAACCAACCGAGCUCUAGUCUCGUGCGGCCUUCGCGCCGUCUCGGCGGACCCGGAGCUAACGUCAAUGGUGGCAACUUCAAGAACCGCCUGAGAAACCGCAUCAGCAAGGACGAAAACGAGCUGCAGGAGAAAACCGACACGGAACCGGAACCGGUCGGGCCCCCGGUAACACAGCCAAGCUUUGGUAAUGGCAAGAAAACUAACCGCUACCGUAACACUCAAAACGUCAAGCCUAACAACGUCGGCAAGAACACACGCUAUAAUCGAUUCUCUACAUCUAGUGUGGAACUGGCGACGGUGUCCGUUUUCAGUGAACCUUCUACCACUUCAACUCCUGCCUACGCAAACAGACGUAACAAAGCUUCUCGUAACAGUUUCAAGCCUAGCUCUACCAACAGCCCAGCGGCCGCCCAAAGUCACAACCAGAGUCCGAGCCAGGACAACGGACGGCGCACGUUCAAGCCCAGUUUGCGACCGACGCCCCCGGAUGGUGAGUCCACCACCUCCACCAGUCUGUACAAGUUCAAGCUGAACCGUUCGCCCGGCCGUUGGCAGUACAAGAGCCCACCCAAGCCAACCGUCAGCAUCCGGAAGCAGACCCAGAAGAAGGGAGAUCCAACGGAAAACAUCACCAACGCUCCAAUCUCUGACGCCUCGGUGCAGUAUAACGACAUCUCGCAGGGUGCCGACCAUCCAGAUGUGGUGCUAGACUCCGAUGCGGACUUGGAUCAGUCCGGAUCGGUCAAUGGAAACGUGCUGAACGACGCGGAGAAUGACAACCAGAUUGAUCGUCGCUACCCGAUCGAGACGAUCAAGGUGGAAAUCUCGACACCAGCGGAUUUCAAGGAUACCUACUAUGAGAUCGCCACCAUCAAGUCACCUUACACUUUCCAGGUUGGCACCGUGAAGAACACCCGUUACAUCACCGUCACAUCGACCUUCGAGAAGAGUCUGGAGCAGGAAACGGCCACCAUCACACCGUCACUAACCGAACCUUUGACGGAGAACAUCCUUGCCACGACGACGCAUAUCGACAAGGAGAGUAAUCUGUUGGAUUCGAGCAUCGCCACUCUUCCGGCGUUGACUUUGACCGGUGAAACGGAGACACCCCCACUUGAGACCCUAACCGAAACAUUCAGCACCACUCAGGUCAUGCUGAAAACCCACAUCCUGCCGGUGAUUCGUGAGGGCGAAACUUCAAGUCACACUCUGAUUCAAACCUACCACGUGACCCGAUUGGUAACCGCCACCAAAACACUGCCCCCGAUGGAGUUGUACCACUUCGUUCCCUCCAAGAUUCUGAAUGAGUUCAACAGCCGGCUCGACGAAGCGGGAUCCGAGUUGCACCUGGAGUUGGAAUUCGGUGAUGAGAACGAUGAAGAUGAUGACAAACCAAAGCGUGAGCGACUGCCAUCGGAUCUGGAUUUGUCCAGCAUUGGUUCCGAUUUCGAUUUGUCUGAGGUUGAUAAGACCGGCAUCCCGGAGAAUAUCCGACCAAAGAAGAAGAUCGCAAGUCAAAAGGAAGCGAAGACCACUACGGAAUCGCCAAUGGCCAAUCUGACUCCUGAUCAGCUCCAACAGCUGGCGCUGUUGAGGCUCCUGAAUCCGGCAGCUGCUGCGCAGAUUCCCUCGGUGAUCACAUCCUCGAAACCAGUGAUCAAGCUCGAAACCAUCUACGAAUCCCAUGUGCUCCCGAUCAUCAACGGUCUCAACACAAUCUACAGCACUUUGUCGCGACCAAUCGGCACCAUCACCAAGACCAACUACGAAGUAGUUACUACGACACUCCCAACCCUGCCAAUUCCUCCAAUCCCACAGCUUCACCCCUUCCAGCAGCCACAGGUAACGUUGCAGUCAACUCCGGUCGUCACCCAAACGGUGGUCACCGAGACGAACAGCAAGAUCCUGAAGCUGACGUUCGGCGCCAAGACGGCGUACACCACGCUCUACUCGACGAACGUUGUCCCAACCCAGGUGACCACCUAUCUGACGCAGUCCGUUCCGGUGCAGCCAACGGCGGCAGCCUUCCCCGGAUACUUCCCGGCGCCCUAUGCGCCCUUCCCGUACGUAGGUUAGACUGUAGUGAUAGCGAUAGCGAUCCUAGACUAGUGCAACCAAUUUUUUAGGUCAAAAUAUUUUAAUUACAUUCCCCCUCCAUUUAGUCCAAUCUCCCCAUUUUCCUGUUAUUCAUCACAUAACGGUACCGUUCGGAUAAACGGUUCUAGCACACGCAAUGCAAUUGCGCCACGCGGUUGCUGGCUAGCGCAGGAAGCAAACGAUUUCGCCUGGUUUCCGCAAUAACUUUGACGGUUUGGGUGGGGUGGUCAAAUUGAAUAAGGCAUACCCUUAGGCACGUGAAUGACUUACACGAGCACAAACCUACCACCAAACGCACCCCCCGAUCUAAUCGGAAUCCGGACAGGUUUUCCCCGAGGGGGAAGAAAAGUAAACUCCUACCCUUCUCGGGAGGUGAGGACUCAUGUUGUUUGCUAUGUAAUAAUUACAGUCAUUUGAUGUAUUGCUGUUGUUUAUAUCAACAUCAAUUUGCAUGAUGUACCUUUAUCACUUGUGGGGGGGUUUAGCGAUGGGAGUUGUUUUUUUUCACCGGAGGCUUUUAGUAACUGGGGAAUAAUGAUAUGUAAGGGAUCUGAAUCUACGCUCCAAAUGAUGCAUUUGUUGUUAAGCCAAACGUAAUUGCUGAUACAGAAUCUAUGAACUGGAAAUAUGAAUUUUUAAGGAGGAGAUGUAAAGCCAAACAUCUUUCGUUUGCUUUCGGAAAAAAAAAACACUUCUGGCGGCAUGACCGGAUAAUUAAAUCAGCUGGGAUUACAUCGAAAAUCUUAACAUUUUAUCAUUCUUUCAAUCAUGCAUGAUUUUUUAUCCUCCCUAAAGCUCAUCCAUUAUAAUUUCAUAAAUACUGAUGAGCAAGGGAUCUCAAGAUAUUCAAGAAAUAUGGUGAAAGGGACAAUUCGGUAUUCACAAUGGCUGCAGAAAAAAUAUUUUUUGUGUUCAAACCAGACAGAAAACAUCAAUUUGAGCAGUCGUUAUGUUCAAACUUGGAUCGUAAUCCAAUAUUUUGACGAUCAUCCAGUGGUUCAGGAUAAUUGGAAAAAAUUGUUAACGUUGUUCCCGCUAUCGUUCUCGUUAGUUUGUGAGAACAAUGUUCGGUUUGUCUUCAAAAAUUAUACAACCAUUGCCAUUGCAAAUUCUUCGUCAUACAUUUGAGAUUAUGGGUCUCGAUGAUUUCAUUCUUGAGCACAUCUCGAAGGUUUUUAUAAGACUAGAAAGCGUCAUGUUAGAAUCACGACAAGUGUUACAUUCCCAUCAAUGAUUAACCCCUCAGCUGUCGGUUGUUCUUGAAUACCAAUAUAGAUUUUGAACAGUUAUGCCUUGUGUUCAAUCUCGCGUUUUUCAUCACGAUAUGAAAUCUCACAGAACCUCAUGCAUGACAAAAGAAAAUUAAUAGGCUAGGUUGGACCGAGGCGUAGACAAAGUUGUUGUCAUCACGCCAAGGUUCGAUGGAUGACUUUACUGCAGAACUGUGAUCAGUGACAACAAUCAUUCAGCCUGCCGGUUUUCUCAUUUUUCAUGAGGUUUUUGAUAUAGUUUUUUUUUUGAAAAGUUAACUUUCAUGUAAAUUUUGGUGUUAUUUUAAGUCAAUGAUUCAUCAGAUGCUAUAUAGUUUUGUUUUCCCUUUAUGGCAUGUUGAGCAUACCACCCCCCCCCACCACCCUUUGACGGGGAAGAAUUAAAUGCGAUAGUCGAGUCGUAGAGACAGAUAGCAACCAAACGCCCGAAUGACUGUUGAGUCAUGUUGACGGAAAAACUGCUGGAAAAAACCAAAACUCAUUUCCAAUUGAAUACGAAGGUGAAUUUCUUCGUAGUCCGCUGACUAAUUUUUUUUCUCGUCACAACACUUCAGCUCACACAACAUGCUGCCUUCCCCUUCAUGGUUUUCCCCUUCAUGUUUUUUCGAACUUGUGCUGGUUUUGGUUAUGAGUGAUGGUGAGUUUUGGUUUUCCUCUAUGUUUAUUUCAUAUGAAGCUCUGCGAUUUGUUUAAAACCCGAAACAUUAGUGUAAGGGUCACAGGAUUAUCCAGGUUUACUAUUAUACGAAAGUAGUUAAAUCAGUUCCGCGUAAUUUCAUUAAACAUUUGCGGAUUCAGCCUAAAAUGAACUUAAGUGCGCUCUUUGGUAGGAAGCUUAAGGUUAUAUUCUGCAAAUUUUUUAGAAUAGGAGUGUAUCGGAAAGGAGUUUUAAACUUUCAACCAUCAAAAUAAAACUGAAAACGAUCAGAAAGUGUUUACAAAAAAGAAUUUUAUUGAAGAAUGUAAGGUCAUGCUUAUUGCUGAUUUCUAAAAAAUGAUCGAACCAUAGAUUUAACUCCACUCAUCAAAGUCUACACAGUAGUAGCACAGUGCCCAGUAACGUUCAAUUAGCCACAGCUGGGGACAGUUAGGUGGAUUGGGGUCUAUUUCGACGAACAUGAUGUUGUUUUCCAAAAACCAUUGUAGCGUGGAUUCGGUAUAAUGUGCCGAUGCUAAAUCCGGUCAGAAUAGAGGAGGAACCUCGUACUUCCUGUAAAGUGGAAGCAAUCUCUUCUUCAACAUUCUUCCAUAGAAAUUUGAGCAUUUAUAGUCCCUUUUGUGAAACUUGUUGACAAUCGCAUACCACACGUGCAGAGACGGCUUGCCAAACAAGCACUUUUUGGCCGAAUUUUUCAUCGCAACAGUCGUAUCCGCAAAUGAUACACUCUCUCCAAUCGUUUUGGUAUGAAAUUGAGGUCCCGGUAGCGUUCUGGUUUUGAACUUCUUGGCCAAAUCAAGAAUAGAUGACUUGUUCUUUUGAAUAUAAUUUACAACUUUUCGGUCCAAUUCAGGAUUACUUACUCCGGGUUUUAGUCUACUUCUGCUGAGAUCCUCGGAAGAACACUAAUUACCGAACUUUGCGACGAUUCGUUAAACACUUUCUGGACAAACUGAUUUUUUUUGUUAUUUUGUGGUAUGUAACACCUUUUCGGGGCACCGACUGUGCAGAAGUUUCGUUUUAGUUUCCAAAUCAAUCAGCGACAUUUCGAAAAAACCUUUAUGAUCGCGACUAAAUGACUUGUACUUCGAUUUUUGAAUGUCAACAGAGCGUGCUCUGAUUACACGACAAAAAAAAGUUUACGCUUUUGUAUGUAAUAUCGUGUUAAAUGUUUAAGACUGCUUUUCGAUACACUCCUUGUUCCAUACCGCUUUCUUAGAUCGACCAUUUUUUUUUGCGAUUGAUAAAAGUGACCGUCUUGUUUCAAAAACAUUAUAAUUGUUUGUUCUUCCUUCGUCAGCCAAGUAGCUCUUGCCAACCUUUAUUUUAUCAUCAAUAGACUAUAUUGUUUACCAUCAAUGAACCAAAAUUGAACUGCCGUCUUGGCGCACCUAGUAGAUGAAACGUAGUUUAGUCGAUAUGUUGCUUGAGCCCCGAAAGAACCGCGAUAACUUAACAUGUCUAGUGCUAAAACGCUGUUCGAUUGAUUACAUCUGUCCCAACCAGUUUGUUGUAUGGGUGAGUACAACUUGUAUUGUUCUCGUGAACGUGGUUCAGGUAUACUACCACUACCACUACCACAAGCGAAACACCGAUUAAAAAUACGCUCUGGAUGUUUUUCUCAAACAUUUCUAAAAUCCACGGGACUCGGAUGAACUAACGUUUAACGAAUGUAAACGCAAGCUUUAAUCACUUAGGUCUGAAGGCCCGAAAACAGUUACUAUUCAUUCCUUGAUUUCUCAGGGUUCGCGGUCUUCUUGACUGUCUACCACAUGUUUUCAUUCGGAUUUAGAUCGUGUGAUUGAACUUACCAUUGCAAACGUCAACAGUAUGUGUUAUUUACAGUACGGUUUGUAUGCUUAAGACCAUUAUCUUGUAUAAACUGUCUCGUUAGCAGCCUUUCUCAAUCCGCAUGUGGUAGCUAAAAAAUUUAAUAAUCAACAACGGAAAGUUGGGUCAACUUCGUAACAGGAGAAACCUUCCCUGACUCUAGUAUUUCCUCCUUCGUAUUUGAAUACUAUGCUGCCCAUGUUUGUAUAGAAGACGUAAGCGACAAAAUGAACAAAAUCGACUUUUUUGCCGUUUUGCAUUCUACGCAAUGUAAUACGUUUGCUCAACAUGCAAACAAACAUUUUUCGUUUGAAAACAUUUGAGCAAUUUUGAAAAAAUGUUUCCGAAAAAUCACUGUGUCACUGUUCGAAAAUCAACAAUUAUAAGUAUUAUGUGCUAGAAUCUAAAUCUACAUUUGAAUCACAUUCUUUGUAGAGUCCAAACAAGCCUGUCACGAUAGUGUCGUAUUAGGGGAAAAGGGGGGAAUUUGGACCACCUAAGCAAAUCGCCCAAUAUUUCCAAACCAAUACGGUCCAAAUAAAAAAUGUCACAUUGUAUACUGAGCUACACUUGUUUUCUCUCAAUCGAUAAUGUUUAAUCAUUAUAUCAAGCUUCAAACUACCAAAUAUAUCAUAAAAUAAAAGAGACGAUUUUUGGACAUUAAAAUUUGAUGUGGGGUGAUUUGGUCCAGUGUGUGUUUCAUCGAAAAAAACAUACUUAUGUUUAUGUAAUGUAUUUAGAAAUAAUGUUACAAUCUGUAACAGUGUUCUGGGAUCGAUACCAGGUGUCUCGGCCAGAUUCCAGACCAGAAAAAUUGGAUUGAGACCAUCUCGAAUUAUGCAUGGAUCUUUUCACUGUUAUUCGAGCAUUUUCAAACACUGUCGAUGAUUGGUCAAAGAAAAUCCGUUCUUGAUGACCUGCGUUGGUCUUUCAAGCUCCUCCUUCUUCCAACGUUGUCUGCCCAUCCUCUUUUUGUAAUUUAGUGGCAUCUGGAAUCAAUUAGACCAAAGAAAAGCCUCAAAUCUGUAGGACCAAUUCACCCCACAAAAACAUGUCCAUGUCACCCCACACAACAUCCAAAAAUUAAAAUGCAAUUAAUUUCAUUUAUUGUUAUCAAACUUACUGUUUCGCUGCAUCAAAUUGUUCCUCUUCUGUAGGAGAACAGAACUUUACUGAACAAUACACGAAAAGUUUGUUCAAUCAGCGGGAAAAACCUUAAAACCACGAUCGGAAAACUGACAUUUUUUGACAAUAAAAGUGCUUGCUGUGUUAAUGCUAUCGUUUCCUUCGACCUGUCGAAUUUUACCAAAGUUUUUUUACGUUAGUUACAUACGAUUCAACAAUAAAAGAAGAUGACAUUAUAAAUAAUCCAAGUUGAGCCAUAUUUUUUGAGAUAAUGGGGUGGUCCAAAUCAUUUGAGCUCAUUUGAGUGGCUCUUUUUUGAACCGCGGGUCUUUUUUGAGCCGAGACUCUUUCUAACUGCGACUUUUUCUUAACCGAGGUUCUUUCAAAAAGCGGCUCUUUUUGAGCCGAGACUCUUUCAAAGAGCGACUCUUUUUGAACCGCAACUUUUUUGAGCAGAGACUCUUUCAAAGAGCGGCUCUAUUUUGAACCGCGGCUUUUUUUAAGCCGUGACUCUUCCAAAAAUCGGCCUUUUUUGAACCGCGGCUUUUUUUUUUUGAGCCGAGACUCUUUUGAAAAGCGGCUCUUUUUUGAACCGCGGUUCAAUUCUAAAGAACCGUGAAUCAUACGCUCGUUCUGACGAACCGGCUCAAAUGAGCGGCUCGUGAGCGCUCGCACAUCUCUAAUUCAGGCUACUCAAGACGCAUCUCAUGGGGCAACAAUUGUGUGACUCAGAUAUGACUUGGUCUCAGCUGUUGGAUGUCAAAAGGCGUGGUGAGGAAUAUUGGCAACCAUUGCUAAGGUCGUUUGUAAGACACUUUUUGAUAACAUUCAUCAGCGUGUGUUGAGCGCUUUACAAUACCAACAAAACAAUGUCCGGGAUUCGGUUAGCACCCACAAUUAUAGACUCUAUUUUGUAAGCGAAGAACUAUGUAUCGAUUCAAAGAGGAGUUUCGAGGAUGAAAUUGACGAAAAAUUGGAAAGCAAACUUCAACAAAACCAUUAAUGAACAUUAUACAGUUAGAGGAUUAUGAGAAAACCUUUUCAUGGUUUAUUUUGUUGUAUACGACUUUAACAGCCCAUAAAUAUAAAAAAUUAAUUCUAAAUUAAAAUAAACCUUUAUUUUCAUUUUUUCUCUCAUUUUUUUAUACAGAUGUUUUUGCUAAAAAUACAGAUAUACAGAUUUUUUCAAAAAUUCGUCUAAUAAUUUUUCAUCUAAUUAUUAUUUUCUAAAUACAGAUGGCGCAGCGAGUAAAAUGAGGAUGUUUUGUUUUUUUGGUAUGAAAUUCGUUCAAAUUUUCUAGAAAAACCAGAAUUUAUCUUCAAAUUUCCCGGUUUUAUGUAUUCUUUCCACGCUGAAAAGGUUAGAAAAUCAUCAUUUUACAAUGUGCUAUGUGUAUUACGAGGAAUGGCUUGUUAUAAGUAUUGUAACUUUAAUUUUUUUCAACUAAGUAAACGAUGAAUAGGGUGUUUUGCGCUAAAAAUACUGAAAAUCCUUCUCGUAUCGGCCCCUACAUAAUCAAUGAAAUCAACCAAUUUGAUAUGAUAUCGAUUUCAUCACAAUUAACCAUAGUAUCAAUAACCGGUAUGCAUUAUCAAACUUAAAAUUUUCGAAGAUUAUCUAUGACUUUGGUCAAAUCGCGUGUUGAAACCAUCGUAAAUAUACAGAACUCCAACUUUCUAACCAUAUACCGACGACAUUCAAUGGCUGAAAUGAAUCUAAAUUGAAAUAAAAUGAAUAAUCACCACCGAAUAUUGCUUUUCAGUGCGUAAAAUAAACAAACACCCUCGCUUUUGUGAUUCUGAGCUCUAAUGUAGAUGUUGCAUGAGCUGAUUCAGCUUUGCGUAAAUUCGUCAAUUUUGUUUUUAAUAUUAUAAUUACCUAAAUUUCUGCAUUUGAAUCUUCAAGUAGAUUAUGAAACAAUCAAAUCAGUAGUAAAAUUAAAAUAAUAUUGGUUCUUAGCAUUAUAACUCCUCGUAUUCGAUAUCAAACCAUCAUCUUUAUGGGAUUGAUCGUGAUAUCGGUAAAUCAUGUUGCUAAAAUUACCAACAUUGCGGAUUGCCUUUACAAAUUCAAUUAACUGAAAAAAUACGAACCUGCUAUUCUUAUCAUAUCCAAGAGUAUUCAGGAAAAAAGUACUAUCAUAGACUCGUAACAAAUCCAGAGCACCUUUUCCAGACAUUUCACUAAACCUUUUCCAAACCUGGUGAUUACGUCUAGCUAUGCGAACAAAUGUUCAUUGAUACGAUUGAUUGUCCGCAAAUUGUAAGAUUGUAAGCAAAAAGAUAACAAAAUUGCGUUUUCCCAACACUAAUGGUGUUGGUGAUUACGUUUCCUAUGCAAACAUGGGCAGUAUGGUUGUGUAUUGUGACUUGAAUUGUGUUUAACCCAGCGUUUCUCAUCGGAUCCCGAAAUGAUCUUUCGUAAACUUUAGUCGUACUUGAAGAUGUUUCAGCGUAAGUAUCGUAGCUUUUCUGGGGCUUCUACCAAAGAGCUACGUCACAUCGAAAGGUCUGUUAAAUGUGUUGGAACUAACGGACAAGCUCAACUAGUCUCCAGCCUUCGUUGUUGAUGUGAAGGUUCAAAGUUGUAAAGACGUUUGGUGUGGCCUCGCCUUCAGCUGUAGUUCUUCGGGAACGUUCAAUGGCUACACGUGGUUUCUGAUCGCGGAUGGUAUGGAACAUUUCCUAAGUUAUUCCGUUCAAAUGUUAAACAGUUGAAUACCUAGGUUUGAUAAUCAUCGAGAUGUCGUAUCAUUCGACACCUUGAUGAGAUUUCAGAAAGAUAGUGAUACUAGGUUCAAAAUCAGCUAAAGAGAUUGGUCUUAUUAUUUUAUCGCACGUUUCUAUGACUACUCGCAUCUUCGAAAGCAUCUCGAACUGUGUCGCAUAGGUAUGAUACAAAUUGGCGGUAAGGGUACUAUUCGGAAUUUCCUCCAGGUCCAAACGGCAUCAAUUUGAACGUCUGACAGUGUUUUUGUGAAAGGAAAUGUUUUGGGAAAAAUGUUCUAUUGGAAAUUAUAGUAUCGUCAUAUCUUGCCUAAAUCACGCCCCGGUUUAUACACAUACAGUGACUCAAAUCCAUAAUCGUACUCCACCAUGCAGAUCUCUUUUGCCUUCUUUUCAAAAUCGAAAACAAGUUUUCGAAACAUUCUAUUUAGAUAAAAUAAUAGUGUCAUAUGAGUGUUAAAAGAUUUGCUAUCUGUUUUCAGAAUAAUGGUUUUUAUUUCUCUGAAAAUGGCGAAUGUGUGUGCUAAUGUAUGAAAAUUGACUCAAACUCAUAAUCGUACGCUGGUUGAAAUCUGAUCUCGAUUUCGGCCAAUUUCCGAUUUCCAUCAUUAGUAUGGUAUCCAUUGUUUAUUGCAACUAUUUUUGAGCUGUCUUUAGCUAUAUCUACGAGUUUUUUGUGUAUUCGGAAAGAAUAUUCAUUAAUUUUUCAUCAAGUAGUUUUUAAAAUCGUUAUUUUUAAAAAUUUAAUGGUUUCUAAAUUUCCUACACGGAUAACUUCCUCAGUUUUUUGGUGAAAUUGAUGUCGGAAGAUUGUGAAGGAAGAUCAAUAACUUUUGAGCAAUUGUAGUGUGACCAUGUACGAACUUUAUAUGUCUUGAGCUCUCGAUCAUUGUCUUGGCAAAACUUGAAUCCUCGAUUCCAUCACAUUUUGUUGACACAUUGCUUCAUAUUUGCCUUCAGGAUGUUCAAGUAAACAUUCUGAUCUAAUACACCAUCGUUUUAAACAAAAUUGCUCAUACAUGCACCCUCAUAUCAUCCCUCCACCACCACCAUGUUUAAACGUUGCUUUCAGAUUUUUUUUUUACGUUUAAUUCUUGGCUUCCUCCAUACGAAACGAUAACCAUCGGAGCCAAAUAUAGCCCAUCUAGGGAAAUAACAUCUUACCAGUAAGACAUUGAUGUGUUACAUGCUGUUUGGAAUAUUCAAAUUAAAGUUACUGAUUUCUUUUUUACUGAGAAACGAUUUGUCCCUCUGUGCUCAGGCAUUCAAGCUGCCCUUCCUAGGCACAUUACAAACUUUUUGUUUGCUCAAUUUGGUUUUUAUCGAUGGUGUAAUGGAUCAGAAUGUUCACUUGAACAUCCUGAAGGAAAAUAUGAAGCAAAGUGUCAACUAAAUGUGAUGGAAUCGAGGAUUCAAGUUUUGCCAAGACAAUGAUCGAGAGCUCAAGACAUAUGAAGUUCGUACAUGGUUACAUUACAAUUGCUCAAAAGUUAUUGAUAUUCCUCCACAAUCUUCCGACAUCAAUCUCAGUAAAAAACUGAGGAAGUUAUCUGUGUACGAAAUUUAGAAACCAUUAAGUUUCUAAAAAUAACGAUUUUUAAAAACCACUUGAUGAAAAAUUAAUGAAUAUUCCUUCCGAAUUCACAAAAAAAAAACUCGUAGAUAUGGCCAAAGACAGCUAAAAAAAAGUUGCAAUGAACAAGGGACACCAUACUAAUGAUGGAAUUCGGAAAUUGGCCAACGCCUUCGAAAUCGAGUUGAGAUUCCGAUCAGCGUACGAAUAUGAGUUUGAAUCAAUUUUCAUACAUUAGCACAUAUUCGCCAUUUUUAGAGAAAUAAAAAUCAUUGUUCUGAAAUCAGAUAGCAAACUUUUUAACUCUCAUAUGACACUAUGAUUUUAUCUAAAUAGAAUGUUCCGAAAGCUUGUUUUCGUUUUCCAAAAGAAGGGAAAAGAGAUCUGCAUGGUGGAGUACGAUUACGGAUUUGAGUCACUGUAUAUGCGAUUGAUACUACAAAAAUUAAACACAGUCAUCACAUUUUGCAAUAAACCGCCCAAAAUGUUCGACUUCGAUUAGUAGAAGUGUCAUGGCGGAUUCAAAACUAUUGAGAACUACGCACAGAUUCAUCUGUAACCAGACUCUAUACAAGUUUCGACUACGGAAACUUGUGUCGACGGCAAAAACGACGGCAAUCGAACCUUCUCUGCGUAUUGCCAGCUAGAACUUCAUUUUUGACCGCGACGUUGACCCCGACUCCAACGUUAAGCUCGAUCGGAGAAUCAAGCUGGAUUUUACCAAAAAGAAGAUCCGUGACAGCCACUCUCUGAAAAUAGAUGGGUUACCAAUUCGAUGAAUACAGUAAUCGUUCGCUAACUGGUUCUGGUUUAACUGGACUGCUUUUAACUGAGCGAGCGUUAACUGGUCCUUGGACCAGUUAAAAAACAGAAUUUCGUAAACAAUCGACGCCAUAUUCAAAUGGAUUUGAAUGUGAUUUCAAAUGUUAUGAAAAUUUACAAUAUUUUCGCAUGACAAAAACAUUGAUUGAAUUAAAGAAAAAAUAAUUUCCUCAAAUUAUAUUUCGUACCUGCUGUCGCACUCAAUGCGAAACUUCGAUUGGAAACCUUUUGUUUAUCCAAUUUCAUGAUCAACGCGAAUCAAACAAUUCAUUGAAGUUCCCCUCGAUUUUAUUUGACGUUUUACAUACCGAACCAGUUAAAACGCGAAUAUCGAUAACUGGUCUUCCCUUUUCGCCCAGUUAGUGAAUGUUUACUGUACUCUCAUGCGUGUGUGUGUUUUUUUUUCGCCAGAAAGUUUGCCCUCAAACAUCAUCAAAAUCCUUCGAGAGAAACUAACUAUGGCAAUUGAAUAUACAGCUCCAAAUUACACGUCCGAAUCAUUCCAUAAUUUUAAGUAACCCUGUGGCCGACAAAAAAAAAGAUCGGAAACGCUCCAAGUUUUCACAAAAAUAAAUGACCUCACAAAUAAACUAGCAAGAAAUGGAGUCAUAAAAUAAAACAGAACGAGCAAAGUUUCAGCCCCCAUUAGUGAGAGCUAGUGGACACUGUGUGUUUGUGUGUGCUGCGCGGGGGCCCGGGAUUGGUAGAUUGCGAAUUGAUGCUGACGAUAAUGCUGAUGACGGUGAGGCUGACCAUCACUAGGAUUCACAUGCCUGUUCAGGGGGAGGGAAGAGUGAAAGAGUUUCGUUCAGGUAGUAAUGACCACACAGCCCCACACCCAGACACGAGAGGAUAAGUGGAGAUCGUGAUACUCAGCCUCGGCCCAUUGAGCUCUGAUGUGCGCUGGGCACGAAGUUAGAGAAAAUUGACACUAGCCAUGAAUUUAACUCAUCCGUGGAAAAAUAUGGGACAAAUGAUACCGAUUUCAACGUUCACUAAGGAGUUCUGGGAUGGUUUAGAGCGUGGUUUAUCAACUGGAUAAUACCAUUUACCAUGGCAUCUAUGCCAUGGAUUCAAUUAGGCAGGACUUGUUCGGCCGCUUGGAUUCAAACCCAAACUCAUUAGUCGUUGUCAAGGAAUAUAGUUAAGUAGGGUUUCCUCCAUACAAUCAACAUUGGGUUCAUUAGGGAUAAAUUGUGUGCAAUUUUCAAUAUAAAAAGAUGUUAUCGAAUAAUGUUGACUGUCCCUCACUACUGUUUUGGAAAGUUGAUCAAUUUAGAAAUAAGCAAAACCAAAUUGUGACAAACAUGUCCGAUUGAAGUUUCUGAUUAUUUUAAACAGUACCGUCAACGGGACGGAAGAGAACGGCAAAAUUCCGUGUCAUGCCCCAAUCUAUGAUUGGCAAUUAAACGUAGGGAUGACAUUACCAAAAUUGCUCAAAAUAUGCCCUGUGUUCAUGGUUGAAUAUCAAGUUACCAAACAUAUUGCUGUCUAAAAACAUCAAAGUAUCGGAACCAUUCCCAUUUCUUAUAAGACGAUGUCAAUUUCUCGCACCAGAAAUGGCUCCUUCUCCUCCCCCAACAGAACCUCAAUAUUACAUCAUUUAAUUUUAUAUGACUUCGAAGACGUCUUCUGCUUCCGUAAGGGCUCAUGAAAAAUAAACAGGAAAGUACCAACAAGAACGCUCUCGGUUCCUCGCUUCUCAAACUCCCACCCACCACCUAAUUCUGUGGGUAAUUGCGAAGGUGAACUUUUCUCAUGUCACGCUUCGUUUUCGUCCCGUUUCCUCUUCCUCGCUGUCCUCUCUCUCUCACUCUUGAGUGUCUUUCGAAUGCUAAUAAACAUCUCAUUUUUAGCGUGUGGCCCUCUAAAGCAUGGCAUAAAAGUGUUUUCGCAACAGAGAAAUAACGACGACAGCAAUGGCAACUGUGAGGAGGAAAAAUAAUACCUGUUUCAGGCUGUGCUACAUGUGAUGAUCAUUGCCGGGGAUUUCGAACAUAGACACACGCACCCAUACAUUGUAUGCAUUUUAUGCCCAUCUGAACUCGAGCCUGUCCUGAUUGUUUCCUAGAUUUGAGCCUCAUCCUUGGUUGUGCCACCCAGUCAACAAGUUGGCGAGUAUCGAUGGCGCGGCGGUGACAAGGGUCACCGCGGGGAUGACGAAGCACGCAAGAGGUUAACACUUCAAAGGUGAACGUGUGCGUCCCGUUUGAUGUGCGGCGACACCUUCACUCUCGGGGUUGGUUGUGCGUUUUCUCGCCCACUCAAGUUCCCAUUUUCUUCACCCCCGAAGAAUGGCACGGCAAGGGCUUGAAAGUCAAGCUUCGCAAACUCACACAUUUCUUGCACUUUUAUUUCCUCCCCCCCCCCCUGUCCCCUGUUUGCCGCUUGGAAAAGGUGCGAUGUGACGAGGUAACGAAGGAAACGCAUCCGGUCUGGAGAUUUUUUGAAGUUGUAUUGGGACACCUGCGGAUUCGCAUCGCUUUCACCGGUAUCGGUUGGUUCGUGUUCGCGAAAGCGAAAGCGAAAGAAAGGACGACGAAUGUCGCUUUUGGGUUUGGGAGAGGAGACAGCAAGGGGAAAAUGUACCCCCGUGGGCACAGAUAGAGAGCAUAGAUGUGUGGGACAGACACACUGGUGUUCGCCUUGAAUGACAUCAAAAGCCCUUCGCUUUGGCAACAACUCUUGGGGCAAGUGAGUGAGGUACACGAAAAGGGGAUUAAACCCGAGGGAAAACAUUCCCGGAGUAAUGGGUUGAUAUGGCUUUAACUUUUUUACGGCAGGAGUAUGUGACAUUUGAGUGUGGAGGUAAUUAAGAAAUUUGUUAUUGACGGUAGUCCCACGGAUCUGUGAAAUAUUUGUAUUUUACAUUUUUGCACAAUAUGUAUACAUUUUUCCACAAUUAAUCAGCGAAGGAUUUUUAUUCAGUUAUGAUUCAUUUUUUAUUCAGUUAUGAUUCAUCUGACAUCUGUGGUCUUAAUGAAUAAAACAUCCUACACCUAGGCUAUUAUAAAAUAGACGAACUGGACACCCUUUUUUUGAAGCAGCAGGAUGUCUCGCCGAAAUCGAAUAGGUCCUCCACCAACGAGAAAGUUCGGAUCAUCGUUGACAGCGGUUCGUUGUAUCCAAACAAAGUAAGAUGGAAUCUAUUUUGCAGCAAAGAUCUCUGACGAAGAGCUCGUUGACCAGCACGAAGGUCCAAUAGUGAGAGUAACUGAGGAGAAUCAACUUCUCCAUUCAACAGCUUUGAUACGUAAACCGCUUGUUGUAUUCUGCGCAUUCUCUCAAGGGUGUCCAGGUUUAGAAGCUUGCAUCGAUCCGGGUAGGCAGGAAGAUUCAAUGGAUCGCGCCAAAGUAAAUGGCGCAAGGCCAACCGGAUGAAUCUUCGUUGUACAAGCUCUAUUCUCAAGGUCCAGAAAACCACAUUUGGUGUCCAAACAACGGAGGCAGUUUCGAGAAUUGGUCGUACUAGUGCACAAUAUACUGACUUCUAGCAGUAUGGAUCAAUAAAAUCCUUCGCAAUCUUCGAGAUAAAUCCGAGCUGUCGGUUAGCCGUAGCAAUCAUUGAGGUGUAAUGAGCGUUAAACGUCAAUUUUGGAUCCAGCAAGACUCCAAGGUCAGUAACUUUUUCAACCCUACCAAGCAAAGCACCGUCAAUGUAGUAGUCCAACAGCAGCGGGGUUUUCGAACGAUGGAACAAUGGAAGGAUAUUCAAAGGAAGAUCAACAAAUUGUAAUUAAUUUGAGAUUUUACCUUGAGCUUCCUGAAGAUGGGUAUCAAUUUUUUAGAGUAAAACGAAAACAAAAAGUUCAGCUCAUCAAAAACGGUUGGCACGAUGUGAACGAACGAAUUGUCAUUUCGAUUAGAUCAUUUUAAGAAAGGUGUUCAACGCCUCGAUUGAAGUCAUUCGAGUGGUCUCAAUGUCGUCAAAGAUGUUCAGUGAAUUUUGCCUUAACUUUGGAGAAAAAAAAGUCACAAUGUGCCAAAUAUGGAGAUUAAUUUAGGACACGGACGACCACAGACGAUUUCGAGUCAACAAUUGAGGCACGACCAGUGAUUUAUGACUCGGCGCAUUAUCAUGUAGGACUGGUCGAAUUCGGCGGCAAUCAAAUGCUUCAAAACCCUGAGAUUCUUCAGUAACCGAUUGUCUCGGUGGAACACGUCUAAGAUUGCCAAAGUAUAAGUCAACUAAAGGAUAUGGAGUCGGUAGUCUAUAUAUAUUUUUCCUGUAAUAAUUGUUGUUUCUAGAACCUUGUUUUGCAUACAUGAUCCCACACGAUUAGUCCAUAUUGCAGUUGCGAAUGCAUGCAAACCAAAUAGAACAUCCUUCAAUAUUCCGCGAAGGGAAGAGAUUUGUUUUCUAGUUCAUUUUUUUGAUACAUCUUAUCGUAGGUAUGUGUUCAAUAAAACUGUAAGAUAUUCAAACAUUGUUGCAAGUAUUUGAUUUUCGACAAUUUCAGAAACAAAAAAUAAGCUUGGAAGCAGCAACACAAACCAGUUAUGUCUUUUUCAAGUUUGAAACUGCAGUUCUAGCAUCGAAGCAAGGAUUCAACUAGCUCUGUCCAACUUCUAUAGGAUCACCUUCAAUGUCUUCAAUAGCAACAAAUGUAACAAAAGUUUUAAGUCAAUGUUUGAGAGAUACUCCAAAUACGAUUUAUUCACCGCCAAAACAUCAAUCCAUUUACCAAUCGGGUAGGGUGUCACUUUUUUUUUGUUAAUUUUUGCACAACUUAUUUCUUGACAUUUUCCCAUGCCUCCAAAGUCCUGAGCCCUUAUCGGGAAGCAUACCACUUUCCUCGGUGUAAACCCUUCGAACCAGCAAAUUUUUGAAAGAAGAUCUCAUGAGAUCCCAUUCUACCAACUUUCAAUCAUCCAUCCAAUCAAGUAAUCGAUGUGAGUUCAACCUCUUAAGAACCUCUGCAGGCACGUAUCUUGCCCGUUUUGCCAAACUUCAUCCCCAAGCGACAAGAUGAUCAGCCCCCACGCUUCCCUGUGCGCCUUAAUUUUCGGGGAUCCACGUGAAUACAGUAUUAGUUGGAGCAUACUUCUGUAUUCGUUGGAUAUUUUAGAUUAUGGAUGGCCGAGUCCGUGAGGAUGAUCUUCGACUCUCCGUUGGAUAAGAUGAAACGAUGAUUAUGGCCGCGGCUUUUGGCGUGAAGAUACUGGCCUCGGAGGCAAUGGAACCGAUGACCGAAGCUUGCCGUCCGGCCUUGAACCUGCCUUCAAUCUGUUUUCCUUCGUUCGAUCCGUUUGGGUAAAUUCUUGCCUCUGACUCCACCCCGAUGGACCACGGGUGACCAACAAAUCUACUUUCUGAUCCUUGAUCCUCUGUUUGGUUAGGAAAGAGCCCGUCAGCAAACGGAUGUAGCCCUUGCUUUUCAUUUCGAAAGAAGUGAAAGCAUUUCUGAGCUCCUACCCAUUUAAUGCAUGAUCCGCCGCCAAAGUUUCGAGGGGAGAAGUAUUGUUUUUUUCUUCGUAAAUCGUGCCAGAAUCGAUUAAAUCGAUUAGGAUCAUCGGAAUUUAACCUUUUUUUCGGCGCUGAAGUUAUUCCGAAAAAUUUGAAUGAAUGAACAAUUAGAGAGCUUCGAUUUACGUUGAGUUCAUCCAAUUCUAGCUAUCCUUCGAGAUUUGCCAAGUGUUAUGUAUCAUUUGAUGAGAUCAAACAAUUCAACGAACAAUUUCUCUAGCUUAAAUUUUUUUAUGACGGAAUGCUUCAAUUCAUCUUUUUUUCAUCUCCGUAAACACGAAGCACUCCGAAACACGCGAAAUUCGACUGGUCUUAUAGAAAUUGCACAAAAAAUAAUCGUUUGAAUAAUUCUGUUACUUCCAUUUCCGAAUAACGAACUCUAUCUGCGCUUGGGGUCUACGACGCGGUGAUCGAGAUUCGAUAAGAGAUCUACAUUAAUUUAUUUAUCAAUCCGUUUACAAUACGAGAUCUACAGUACGGAAUAAUAAUCCAAAGUUCCUUAAUGCUCCCUGCUGAUACUCUAGGGGUGUCUUUCGCCAACUUGUUUCCUAUAAGCUAUAGAUUCAAGGUCCUCCAACAAAAAAACGUUGCAUGACACACACAUUUUUACAAAUCCGCUGUUCAAUUAUUUUCACCACAUGCGGGGUUCUGACGGAUCGCUUGAGUCUAGGUUUUGGUUGGAUUUUCCAUGACUUGGUCUUCUUGGACCACAGAUUGACAGCUAAUAUGUUACCAAUUUUCUGGUUCACCUUGGUUUGUGCAUGCUCUCAAGCAAACGAUUUUGCAUGUCCGUUCCGUACGAUCCCUAAACAUAUACUGAUGGUUUGCCGCAGUAAGCCCAGAAUUUAUGUCGAUGCAUCUCUUUAUUUCCUGAUGCAUUAUGUUAUUGGUAUUCGUUCUUUUUUUUUUCCUUCGUUCACGGAGACUUUAAAUAUUAUGAUUCAUUCGUCUCCGAUAUUCUGUUGGUUUAUAUUUUUGUCAUUCCGAGUUUGUAAUUUCUUAAAUUUCUUUAUAAGGUUCUGUUUCUUCUAAAGAUUGAACUAGAAAAGAUGAUCUGCUGUUUCUUCAGGCUAUAUUCCAACUUUGGCGGAACUGCUGUAAUACCCAUCGUUUCGCAUCAGUGCGAGGAAUGGGAAAAUUAGGGGGUUUUUGGGUCGUGGUCGCGGUCACGAAUUGAAAGGUAACGGAUAGCUCUAUUGGGGACAACCUUCGUAACGAGACGAUCAAAUGGUAGUUGUUCACUCUCUGCCAUAACAGCGGGAGUAGGACUUCUAAGAAAGGCACCGAACCAGCCUACGGCUGAAAGACUCUUAAAUAAAAUUAAAAAAAAGACACCGGCGGCUAUCUUUAUUAACUUAUUAUAAACCGGUUCUAUCGUUUUCAGCGGUUCUUCGCCACCUCGGCUGAAGAUGCUUACUCUAAAUGGAAUUUUUGGAGUUUAUCAAGUGUUUACUGCCCUUAAUAGAGACUUCAUAUGUCCUUUAGUAAUAAACCUUUGAUAAAUUUAAUCUAGCUUGGGCUUCUUUCUUGACCGCCUGAGUAUGUGGCAUGAAACUAAGUUUCUUGUCAAAGGUUACACCAAGUAUUUUGAGAGUUUUGACUGAGGGAUGUGGGUUUCGAAAAUUUUUGGGUUGGAAAUUUAAAGUGUGCUUUGGGACUACAUAUAUGGGGAACUUUAGAUUCAACCAGAGAUAUUUCAAAAUCAACAUAUUGGCCCCAGUCUAGAACGCAAUCAAUUGCAUUCUGAAGUCUUUUCUUUGUUGCCGAUGCAGCGACGCUAAUGCUAUCUGCAUAAACAAGGAUUUUUAUGUUGUCUGGAAUUUUUGCAAAAAAAGAUUGCAUAAUAACCAUGAAGAGGGUUGGUGAUAUAACCGAGCCUUGGAGAAUUCCCAUUUUCUUGGAUUUUUAGUGAAAAUUUUGAGUUGCUGACGAUGGUUCUGGAGGUUCUAUUCCCUAGGAAACUUUUAACAUAGAAACCUAGUCUUCCACGGAUCCCCCAGUCGUAGAGACUCUUCAAUGCUGGGUACCUCCAUGUUCAAUCAAAUGCCUUACUUAGAUCAAGUGACGCCACAUCUGCGUGGUGAUAACGUCAUUCACAGUAGCCUCUAAUUCUUUGAGGUGAACUUUGUGCAAAAGCGAACUGUCUUGGAUCAAGCAGCUUAUUAGUCUUUGAGAAGCGUCGAUUCUUCUUAUAACGACUUUGAGGUCGUUAAGCGUCGAUUCACUAUUGUUUAGAGAACUUUUCCGACACAACUCAAAAGAGUAGUGUCGAAAAUUAUUCGGAACAUGUUGGUUUUGUCUGGUUUUGGAAGUGAUACUAUGGACCCUUCUUACCAGCAAUUGCCGUUGGACCAUACCUUAUUAAAAAGUUGCAAUAAAGCUAUUUUUCCAUGGUAGGACAGGUUUCUCAACAUUUGAUAGCUAAUCUGAUCUGGUCCAUCUGGGAAAAUAAUAAUACUCACUAUUACGGUUGUCUUCAUAGACAUUCCAUAAUAGCUUCGAAACAAGUUGACUGGAAGAGAUAGUCAGACCAAUGGCGGUUGUAAGACCAGCAGAAGAGUGCAUUCUGGUAUGAUAACCAUUAUUCAAAAUUUGAAGUGAGCGGGCUGAAAAUAAAUCCUCAAUUAUCGGUCCUCUUCGAUGAAGGUGGGUGCUACCCCUGGUAUGAGAAUGAGCGUUAAAAUCACCAACAAUCAUAAAAGGGGAGCGAUGUUGGUUCACUAGAUGAUCCAAUUGAUUACCUAGUGUAUCCAAAUCAGCAUGAUGUGGAAUGUACGAGCAAACAAUUGGGAAUUUAACUAUUAAUUGUAAUGAAGUGUCAAUUUUCAGAAGUCUAGGGGGUCCCUGUUUUAAAUGCAGUUGCAACGCCAUUUGAAGAUAAGGUAGGACCUUCGUUGAAGAAAUUUACAUAAUUUUUUAUGUGGUCAAAUUCAUUACGACAUCAGAGAAACUUUUGGAGGCUCACAUGAUGAAACCCAAGUUCCUCUACGCCUUUUCGAUGCAUGAAACGUUCUGUUUGAAUGACAAUUCUAGAACCACUCCACAAUCUUCAAUCUCCGUUCCCCGUGCAAUUGUGAUGUCAGAUAUGACAUAAUUGUGCUCUAUUGAUUCCUUCAUCACCAAGCGGCCGGAUCAAACUGUCGUUGAGAAAAGAUAGAAUCAGCGGUUGAACGAACCCGGAAGUAUAUCUUUAAAUCUUAAGCGAAAGAAGCUCUCUAGCACCUAAAAAUAUCAUUGAAGUAAAUCAGAACACUAAGGAAUCCAAAUGGUUUCCUUGUGGUAGUCCAGAAGCUGCUUAGAACUGCUCAAUGUCGCCGCACGAAACUUGUCAAAAGCAGCUGUUAUAUCGGUGUAAAUAGCGUCGGUUUGAAACCUUUCGAUCAUACUAUCGACAACGCAAUUGCAAAAAGACAGCAGGUUCGUGGUCACAGACCGUUGGGGCAUGAACCACGAUGGUCGCCACUUAUGAACUUGAAGAGCGAGGACACUGAAACCUCUCUGUAAUUAUAGAUAUUCCUCUUGGUGCGUUUCUACGUGGAUCUGGAAUAUCGAGGCGACUUAACGACAUAAUACAGCGGCGUCGACAGGCUAGGAAAAGAUCCACUUGAAAUAUACUCGAUAGUACACUAAAACGACAAAUCUUUGAACCAUUGCUAGCUUUUAGAUAUUCCAACUAACAUGAAUGGCAGUGGAGGAGUAGCAGAAACAUUCGAACAUGGCAUAAAACUUGUACGAUUUUUGUCAGUUCGGAUUCUUGCAACGCUUUGAAAGUACAAAUUGAAAAUCUGAAUAUCGAUCGCUCCACAAAAACGUCCAAUUUUGAGCAUUUUUUAGUGCAUCAUUUAUUAAGGGAUUUUGAUUUGAUUUUAUUUGAACGCUCCUUAACAAUCAAAAAUGCAAAAUAUAAAAUUUAAAGUAUGCCAAGGAUUAGUUUAUUAAAAUAGCUUCUAAUUUCCCACACAUUUGCGCCGACCGCACGGCGUUUCCCUAACACGGACAUCGAAAUCGGGUAACCUGACGAUGCAAUCGCGCCGUGGAGGAAGGUCUCCGCCUCCGAAUUGGGCUGCAAGUGGUCGACCACGACUGAAGCGUAUAUCUUUGGAAACGGAUAUUCAAUAGCAACAUGCAACAGUUGUCGUAACGUAAUCCUUCGUCAGCAAUGCGGUCGUGUCUCAAAAUCAACUUGAAUUUUUUUUUCCCACCGAAUAGGUUGAUAUUUGACUGGGAAUUAUUUCAAAAAACAAGCCAAAUUAGUCGCAAUUAUAUAUUAUAUAAGGUAGACUCAAUGGAACCUUGUAAUCUGAUGCUUCAAUAAUAGAAAAAAAAAAUCAAACAAUCAAUGAAUUCACGAUGAAGAUUAUAAAAUGUCGACAUCUCUUCUGGUAAACCCGAAAGCAGUUACAAAUUGUUAAAAAUAAAAUGAAAAUUGUAAUUUGAAUUUUUGUUGAAUGCUUAAAACACGCAGUCUUUCAAUAAAUUCUCUAUUUUUUCAAUUUCCUGACAUUGUUUCAAAGUUUUCUGAUCUUUUUUUUUUGUUUUUCUCACAUUGAUCUAUGGACAGAGACGAAAACAACAAAAUAAAGAUGGCUCAAAUUGGGCGAUUUCUUACUAGUGCUUUGCGCUUUCCAACACAUUUGGCGGUCCAUUUUUAUUCAUAUAGAUUAAUUACUCGGUCGGGAAGGCAGUGUCUUUAGUUUCUUCAAAAGAUUCAUUUUUUUUUUUGAUACGUUUAUUGUGGUUCAUUUUGGUAUUUGGCCCACAAACACCAAGGGAAAUCAUUGCAAGCUAACACGUGACUAGAAAAUGAUGUGCGUUUUUGUGGAAACUAUGAUCUACUAUGACAAUCACCAGCAUACACACAAUUCACAUGAACUGUUCAAUAAUUUUACAACGAGUUAAACUUUCCCCAUUAUUUAUCAUGUUUUGAAAAGGUAAUUUAAGCGGAUUAUUUCCAGUAAUGAAAUCAAGAGGAAUAUAAAAAAAACGUGAUAAAAUUCACAUUUUAGUUGUAUUUUCUCUGUUUCUGUGAUCCAAACGGCGCAAUUAGGGGCUGUCCACAUACCACAUGAACAGAAAAAAGCACGAUUUUACACUCCCCCCUUCCCCCUCAGUGGACAAGCGUGGACAUUUUCAUACCCCUCCCCCUGUUGUCCACGUGGACAUUUUUGCUUAUUUAAUUAAAAUAAUUGUGGAAAUAACUAGAUUGCGCUUACAUUAAAAUUUAAUUCCAUUUAAGUUUUUUUUAAAUUUCACUAGCUGUACCCUGCCACACUUUGACUAUCCAGUAUGCCAAGACGGAAACGCGCAAUAUACAGUUGAACAAUCCGCACCCGAAUCUACAUCACACAAUUCCAAAGAUUGAUCUUGAGCAACGCCAAUCGAAUAAAAUCAAAUGGAUUUAAAAUCAUUAUCGGAUACAAUUUUAGUUCACGAUUUUUUAAACACUUGCAAAAAAAUGUGUUGCUACCACAUAGAAUACGUGUUCAAUCAGAAAGUUGAUUUAGGCUCACAGCUUUACAUCAGAAGUGUGCUGAUUCCAUCUGAAAAUCUUGAAGCUUCCUGAGGGGUUGGCAGUAGCAACAACAGUCCUUGAAGUGGAGUGUAUAUUGUGUCAUAAUAUGAGCUCCUUCAGUGGCGAACUUUUCGAGUUUAUGAAGCGCACAAAAACAAACAGGACAAUUUUAUAUGCAUAGAUUUUUUUCCAUCAAUUAAAAAGAAUUUCAAGAACAUAAAAGAUGGAAUAGAGACCAUGCACUGAUAUCUAAACAUUCUCAUUUGAUAAAGGAUUGAGGAGUAAAGGGUCGAUAUUUCUAACCGAUUUCGGAACGCCUGUACUUUCGAUAUAAAUCAUGACAUGAAGACAAAAAAUUUAGCAUUUUCAAACUACAAAUUUCUGGUUUGUGGAUAUCGUACGUACACAUUUUAGUUUGAUGUGUAUAUGCGUUGUAGACACAAUAUAUUGCAUGAAAAGAUAAAACGUUUGCUUUCAAAGUUUCAAUAAAUUUUAAAAAUAUAUUCACAAUACCAAUCCAAUCAAUCUGAUUAUUUCGCUUUCAUUUGAUUCAUAGAAAGUUUUAGUAGAACUAUUUUCUACAGAGGUAUUCUCUAUCGAAUGAUCCGUUUAUCCUUUAAUUUUGAAUCAUGAAUAUUUCAUGAAAUAAUGAACGCACCGCAAAUCGAUGGUCAAAUCUGCCCACUGCAAACUUCUGCAAACCACUGCAAAAUAUUCUAUACAAGGUCCAGUUGUUGCUUUGACGAAUGCAUUACUUUAUAAUAGAGUUAUAGCGUUUCAAAAAUCAUUCAAAAUUUUCGAUGUCGCUCCACUAUUUUUUUUUGUCGAGUGUAGUUUUUUGCCCACUCCGGAGUACGAUUGGUCACAGGAAAUGUCGAUUCAUUUACACAUUCGCGUCACUUUAAGUCAUCAGCGCAAAGCGAAACCUUUUACGCAAUAGUUCCGGGAAUUUUCAGAGGGUACUAAUAGCGUAUUAGAAAAAUUUUCAAUGAAUAUUUUUUAAAUUUUUCUACUGCUUAUUGACCAUUCUUCAUUGAGUGUCUAAAAAGGCUUUUAAAAUGCUCGCGGGGAAAAACUACCACCCCUAUUCUGUAUUUCGAUCGACUUGAUAAAAUUCCAUUCUGUAUUCCGUUCAAGUUGUUUUUGUAUUUUGUUCAAUCUGCUUCUCUGCGAACAUCAAAUGGGCAAACAAAUAGGGAAUGCAAAAUUACAUCUCGAACGGAAUAAUGGUUUCGAACGGAAUGCAAAUCCGGCGGAAUGCAGAAUCGGUGUAUACAUCAGAAAACUCACGACUCAUUGAUUUUUUUUACUAACCUUGCCCGAAAAAUUAUUUGUAAUGCUCUUUGGUUUUCUUCCGCUAAAAUGCUUAUCAAAACAUCACUUAUCAAAUUCGAACAAUUUACUAAAGAACAAUUCAACGCCAAAUUAAUCAGUCGCUGCCCCGAUCCUCCCCUUUUUUUUAAUUUGUACAUUUUUGGUUUGAAAUCUGCUGCCCGAUUGAAAUAAGUUUUUGAGAAAUCAAUUAAUUUAAUAGAAAGUUUAUUGAUUCCUCAAAAACAUGAAGAAAUGUUUAACCCAUUUCCGGUCAAGCGUUCGAAAAAUCGAACAGCAACUUUGAUAAUUUUCCAUGGCUUUGGAAGGUAAGGUUUUGGUAUCAAAUGAUAGCUCAAUUUAUUAGCCAUCAAUUUCAUUCGAUUCUGUAUAUCUUUAUUGUACAAUAAAUUCUGAUUAAAGCAACUAUGUGCGACUAACAUAACCUAAUAAAAAACAAAACCUUCUAAAAUGCAAAAAUAUGUAAACUUCCUUACAGUAUUACUUUGAUAAAAGAACACACAUUGUGAUGUAGAAAAAACCGUUGGAUUGAACCUCCUACAGGAUCAUAAAUGUAGAUUUUAGCCAAUGUUUUUGUUUGGCGAUUGUUCGGUUUUUUUUGUCAUUUUCCGAAAACGGAAGGACGGAAAAAAAUAAUUCUUGAAGAUUUGGGUUUCUGUAACGCCAAUAAUCAAAAUUACACCAAUGGAGUUUGGUAUGAAAAAUCUUUUUACAGCUUGACGUUAAUGCAAUGAGGUACAUAUAGAGGUGGAGCAGUAGGCGAAGUGUAUCUGUAUUGGCAAGCCAAAUAUCGUGUCGUAAUCAUUUGCAUUCAAUAUGGAAUGUAUAUGGAAGAAAGAAAACAAUGUUGAAAGUACUUACGGUUGCAUGAUAAUUUGAGCCAAAAUUCUCAUGAAAUCAUUCAACUGGUUGUUUUUUAACAGAUGACAAUUAUAUCGUGGCUUAUUUCGAUUACUCAUGUGGCAAAAAGAUCCAGAGAGCAUUCGUAUGCUUAGUUCUCGAAGGCGAUGAAAUUUUGAUUAAUUGGCAAUUAUUAUCUCACAACAUACACACCGACACUGAGAGCCUUCGAAACAUCAACUUCAUAACGGUAAAAUAAUGAAACUUUGUUUGUUUCUAUGAACGUGGGGAGUGAAAAUGGCACAUGGAAAUAUCACUUUUAUCCGUCUUUUUCGACGACAUUUCACAAAUAUUCACUUCACGCUAUCACAUUAGCCUCAUAUUCAGCGGGAGCUCUACAAAAAUGUACAUUUUUAAUUGAUAAAUUACUUCCUGAAAAUAGCAUUUUUACAUGGAUGUGGUGGGCAAUCAAAGAUAAAUACAAUGACUGACGUCACUAUUCGCGAAAUAGUCAUGGCAGCGCAUGCUAUGUCGCUCGAAACUCGAUCAUCUUUAUUACCUUUUUUCCAGGACAUUGAAGUUAAUGGGUUAAACUGCUGAGAAAACUUUCUCAUAAAUUGAAUAGAAUAUUGAAAACUAUUAUAUCUGUUUGAAAUAUUGUUACAUACAAGUUGUUAGGUAGCUGAUCCGAAAUAUUUCAGGUGAUAGAGGAUCGUAUUUGAUGGAAAAAAAUCUUCCACGCUUAUGGCCAAAUCUCAUCUACGAAAAAAUUAUUGAACUUUUCCUUGAGACCGUUUUUUUUUUGCCUUAAACUGACUUUAAUUCAAAAAUUACGGUGCUUAGCACGAUUCAAUUGCUUUCAUUUGAGAAAAUUGUGCAUAAAUUAUGUUGUGAAUCAUUUACAUUUUUGCAAGAUAAAAGUAUACCAGUGUAGUGUCAAGGAAAGAAUGCGCAGAAUUUUUCAUCAAAUAUGAUAAUUGAACGAAAAUGCACUGCUCACUGAAAUGAAGGGAAGGUAAAGGAAGGUAUUGAAUUAGAGAGACUUUAAACUCUGAGAGUUCAUUCGUCUCUUAUAACUGAAAUGAACCGUUUUGCCCAACUUUAUACAGUGUGGAGUGUCAUCUCCAUCGCGAUUUUACCUUUGAAAACAAGAAUUUCAAACACUCCAGCCUACUAAUUUCAAACACUAAAAGCCUACUACUCUCUCUACUACUCUCAGCAGCUUUCAUUGAAUUUAUGAUUAUGUCACAUUGAAACUGUGAAUCAAUUCACAGCUUAUGGGCAGAUUCGUUCAUAUCUUGUAUUGUAAAUCCUCCUUCACAAAAAGGACCACUCAUCAGAGCAAGCUACUCUGGAACACCAAUCCGCGCGAUCCUGCUUCGUAUAGCGCCAUAAAUUCUUAUCCCAACAAUCGACUCUCCAAGCCCCAUCACCUCGCAAUCGAGAAUCAACAAGUUCCAUCCCGGCCCUUCCCCGGGGGUGAGAACUGUAUUUGGGUGUAGGUGUAUGUGUGUGUGUGGAACAACCGAUUCGAAGUGUGUAAUCGAGUUGGGUGACACGAAGGGGGCAAAAAACCAACAAAACACAUUACAUCGCUAAGGAGAAAAUCCAAUCCGACAUUUUUGUUUCAUUCCAACCGUGUGUCAUUCCAUCGUCCUCGUCGUUCGCUCGUUCGUUCGUCUGCCUGGUUUCCUUGGAGAGCCUGGCGUAGGACGCCGAACGAACGGGAUGCUGGCCGGCGGCGAUGGUGGCGGGCUUUUUUCACCCAAGAAAGCGCGAAACGGAGUGAGCGACGAGACGAGAGAAUUAAAAGCCAACAUGUGUUCGUACAAGAAGCUUUCGCUUUUAAUGGCGGCAUUCGCCCGGCUUUUUUGCACGGUAAAAUUCUGGCCCGGGCGUAUUUACACUUCACGGGCUUCAUUUUGGAUGGAAAAAUAUUGGGGCAAAAAAACCUUGUGCUGCGUAACAAAUUUAUUCAAAGCGAGACUUUGAUAUGUUCAAACACGACGAUAACCUCACUUUUGCCGCCAGUGUAAUCGUUUUGCGAUGCUUUCGAGCGGGUGCUGGUGAUGUUGUCGGAGAAAGUUCGACGCUCUCUUAACUCCAGCCUCCGAGUAAUGCAGCCCCUCCAUCCCAGCCAAGAUCUUGUAACGUGACGAGAGCCAACUUGAAGAUUCAUGGGGAACACGGCGCAGACGAGAAAUCGGGUCCCGAACGGCGAACAUGAGUUUCCUUUCAGCCGGAAAGUAUUACCAACUAUCAAGAGUUCUUUGUUCGGUGACGAGUCGCCUGUUCGUUUAAUGUUGGCAGGCCCUACCGCUACCAGCAGCAGCAAACUUCAUCAAAUUAAUUAUGUACCAGCGCUCCAGUUUAAUGCAAUCGAUUCCGAGGCAAAUUUUGAUUGCGCCAAGCUAGAAUCCGUUUCCGAAAUGCCUGAUCCCCCUCACCUACGGCGGUUAACAAUCUUGAGAAUAGCAUAUUUUAAGAGUAUAGGUUAGGGUUUUUCGUUUUAUCUCUUUGUAAUACUCAGUUCUUUAAGUUUUAAGUUGCUUCGUGCGUUUUGAGCUUUGAAUUUUAAUCUCCUCAACACAUUCCAUCGCAAAUAAUUCGACAUUGGAAGGAGAAACUGAAUGAUUACGUUUUGUAAAUAUAGCCUAGGAUUACACCAGUUCUAAUUAAUCCCUUUUUCUAUUUUUAUCCAAUAUCGUUCAUUAACUUUGUUCUUGCUAUCGCUUCGCUUAUGAAACCGAGUUCUACGAAUUGUGGGCACUGUUGCUGUUUCCCCUCUAUAGCCGGAUCGAAACACAACACCAGUCGGUGCUUUUGUAAAUAUUUAUUUUGUUUUAUUUCUUUUUUUAACUGAUGUUUACCGUCUCUAUAAAUAGCUUUCUCCCUACGAUUAGGUAAAUAUUGACCCAAAAGAAAAAUCUUCAUCCCGCUGGUAGAAGAAAUAUAAUGCUAAAUAGAUGUAAAGUUUUGCGCAAUACUCAAACUAGUUACUAGGACAUAUUAUGUGUAAGCCAGUUUCGAUUCGAUCGCAAAUUAUAUUACAUAUCGUUAAAUAUUGGUUUGCGUGAAGCGUUUUUGGCCCCAUCCCUAUACUCCUGUUGUAAAUAUCCUUUUAUAUAGAAUGAAUAAUUCAAGAAUGUGAGCUGUUAGUGGUGACGAAUGAUAUACGAAUAAAUAUAUAUAAUUUUUUAUAUGAGCUUUGGACGAUCCAACGAGAAAUUUAUCGAAUUAUAUGUAUUUAAAAUUUUUAAUAAAAGUUAUUGAAUCUAAA